AUGUCUUUUUCAAAAAUAGAUACACAUGUAACAGAGUCUGAUUAUACACCAGACAGUGGUGAAGAAUUUAAUAUAUCAGGUGAAUAUGUCACAAAUGUUUCAGAAGAAGCAGAAACAGAUUUAAGAAUACAAGAAGUAUUAGAAUCAAUUAGUGAAUCAAGUAGUGACGAAUUAUCAGAAAGUAAUACGUCAAUAUGUGAAAUAAUAACUGAAGAACAUUCAGAAAAUAAUGAGUCGGAUAACGAAGACAUAACAGAUGACAAUGAAUCAAUUUAUUGUGGGAAUAACAAACCUAGAAACGUAUUUAAAUAUUUGGAAAAAUUCAUUAAUGAAAUUAAUCAUUUGCAACAGAUUGGAAUUAUUAUAAAUAAUCAGCAAUUUUAUGUAUCGAUAAAGACAUUUAUUUGUGAUAGACCUGCACGUGCUUUUUUAAAAUGUAUAAUUGGUCACGGUGGUUACUGGGCUUGUGAAAGAUGUACUGUCAAAGGAAUAAGAAAAAGUAAUCGUGUUAUUUAUCCAAUAACAGAUGUAGAGCUACGAACCGAUAUGUCUUUUCGAGCUCAAAGUAAUGCGGAACAUCACAAUGAUAUAUCUCCUCUACUUGAUAUUGAACCACCAAUUGAUAUGGUACAACAAUUUCCGUUAGAUUCUAUGCAUUUGGUUUAUUUGGGUGUGAUGAAGAAAUUAUUUGAUUAUUGGUUGAACACGUGGAGAAAUAAUACAGUAAAAAAAGAAGAAGAUAGAAAUCAGAAAAAAGACGAACAAACAAAAGGCGGUUUUCCAAUAGCAAGAGAAAAGAAAGAAGAAGAAGAAAAGCAGCAACCGAAAAAUAUCUCGAUUCCGAAUAUAGUCCGCAGCAACGUAAGAUUUCUAACGCACGACGACAACGUAACCUCGCCUAUUAUCCCCCUGCAAGAAUCGGUAACAGCCAAAAACGCAAGUACGAUCUCAUCGGCAAGUGAGGUAAAUACUGAAUUUGUACACGUUUCAAUUCCUCUCAGGCGAUCGCCGCCGAAAAAUGAAUUCACUGGAAAUUUUACAUGCGUUGCAUCAACUCCCUGUCAGACAUGCGGGCGUCUAUCCUGCCGACAGAGUGCCGAGGGUGUGGACGAGGUCGACAGCCAUCGUCGCUAA